AUGGGGGCAGAGAACUGUGCCACAGAGCCCAGCCUGCCCCUCCGUGCCCCUGCUCCCACCAACACCAGGCUCCCCACACAAGUGCUGGCCGUGGGUGCAUGCUGCCCCCAUCCUUUACAAUGUCCUGUACCACUCCAGUUCCCAGACAUUGUGGAGUUCUGUGAGAAAAUGGCCAACACUGGGAAAACCGUCAUUGUUGCUGCUCUGGAUGGCACCUUCCAGAGGAAGGCCUUUGGGAGCAUCCUGAACCUGGUGCCGCUGGCGGAGAGCGUGGUGAAGCUGAACGCUGUGUGCAUGGAGUGCUUCCGAGAGGCCUCCUACACCAAGAGGCUGGGAGCAGAGCGGGAGGUGGAAGUGAUCGGAGGAGCUGACAAGUACCACUCGGUGUGCCGAGCCUGCUACUUCCGCGCGCGGCCCCAGCAGCCCGGGCCAGACAACAAGGAGAACGUGCCCCUGGGCCUGAGGCAGCUGGAGACCGCUGCCCCUCGCAACAUCGUCACUUGACUGCUGCGACAACGGAGGGCGAGGGAGCUCAGGGCUGUGGCGCACAGGCCCCUCUAUACUUUAACAAACUGUUCAGGGCCUCAGCCCUCCCCACCAAGCGUCACAACUGAGGAUCCACCACACCUGAUGCUGGUGGAAGCGGAAGCAAAAGCCUGGCUAGAGCGAGUUCCCAUCUCAGAACAAGGAGAGAGACCAGCACAGUCACUGGUGCUGCCACACACAGGCCCUGUGGGCGCUGCCCGUGGGGCCAGGCUGCAGCACUGCUGCUCACUGUGCCUCUGGCCGGCUCUCACACGGCUCCAGGCGGGCUCAGGCUGGCACCGUGCUGCUUCUGCUGCCUGUGAGUGCAGCCCUUGUGCGCUGUUGCUACAUUCGAGGUUUCUCAAGACAUUGUACAGCCAUUAGUAUUUUUAAUGCAAUUUUUAGCUUCCUUCCUUAGCAGUCUGAGGUAACUUGUCUCUUGUCACAGGGCUGUGACAGCUUUUAAACUGACACACGCGUCAGCCCAGCCCUGGGCAGCCCCCAGGCUCUGCCAGCCUGCCCACUGGUGUCAGUUAUUGCUGAAACAGAAGGAGGCCUGGCAGCUGACUCUCCUGAGGUGCUGAGCCUCGGGGCCUGGCUGUGUUCUAGCAGGCUGGGACAGACUCCUUUGGAGGAACUGGUCCCAGGAAGAGCCUCCUCCAAAUUCAGGGCUGUUUUUCUCAGGUUCAAGGCUGGUGCUGCCAUUUUGGUGCUCUGUUACCUCUCAGGGGUUUGGAGGCCCAGAGUUUCAUCUACCAAGAUUUGGACAAUUAUUCCAGGGAAGAUCCAGCUGCUUUGUAAAGGGCCUCUCCUGAGGAGCUGCUUCUCCAGUCCAGUCAUGUCUCUUGCUUUCUCCUCAGCCUUCCAAAAUUCUUGAGGCUCUUAGUCUGCUCUAAGCUGACUGAAGGAUCCUCUUCUCUCUUUGUUAGACUCAGAUUCUGGAAGGUUGUUGUUUCCUUAUUGUCUGCAAAAGCGUUUUUUCCCUGAAGUGUUUUUUCCCAGCACCCACAGGCUCUGAGCAGUAGCUCUUUGUUCUGGCCAGGCCAGACCUCUGCCUCUGUGAGUCCAGGGCUGCUGUUUGCCUGUGCCCCGCAAGGCUCCAAGAGCUGCCUGCUGCCCCCGUGCUUCAAGUGAGAAUUACUCUGUUCACAAGCAUUUGACUGCCAGGCUGGGCUUCUCCCCAGGGCUGGAGAAGGCCCUGCUGCUGCUUUAAGUUAAUAAAUAACUUAAUUAAUUUGUGUGUGUAUUUUUUACCAGAGCAUUCCACUAAGGCUUCCUGGCAGUGCCCAGUGAGACAGCAGGGGCUGGGGCUGGAGCAUGACGAGGGUGGCCUAAAAAUAGGCACCAGCAUGAGUGUGCUGUUUGCAGCACAGCAGCUGCAGGGGCGCCCCGAGCCCUGCAGGGGCAGAAGGACUGCAGGAGCCUUUUCUGCUUCCCCUGGGAAACUGCAUUUCUGCUUCCCCUUCCCUGGAAAGGCACAAGGUGGCUCACAGGGUGGCUUGGUGAAAAAGUUUAUUCCAACCUACAGUGACAACUACUCAAACGCUGGCCCCAGCAGGGAUGGCCCACACACACGGCUGCUGGGCACAGCUUUACCACAGCACAGCAGCAAACACAACCUGAGAAAGGCCCACGGGCUCCUGGUGCGGCUGGAGUGCAGGCAGGAGCCGCGGGCAGGCCGCAGGAGCUCGGGCUCGCAGCAGCGCUCGGGCAGGCACACCAGGGAAAGAAAGUGCUCCAGGAUGUCCUCAGCCACGGCCCUGCUGAGGAUCUCAGUGCUCACCGCUCCCACAGAGCCCAAGCCACAUCAUCCAAGCACCAGCAGCUCCAGUGCAGGCUGGGGAAGGCACAGCACGGCGUUAGAGAAGGGCAGAGGGGGCUUUGGCAAGAGCUGGCCCAGAAGCAGCCGCAGGGGAAGGCGGGGGAAGGCAGAGCUGGGCCUGGCUGUGCUGCAGCAGCGAGAUGGCUCUGGGGGGAUGCAGCCAGCAGGGCUGGAAGGCACUGCAGACAG